AUGUUAGGAUGGGGACAAGUCAUGGGGAUUCCUCCUCGUUUUUUCGUUUACUCAAUUCAAACAUUGGUAGCCAUUUUUGCAUUCGCUGGAGUUGGCCUUCUUGAAAACCGGCAAAAUCUGCUGCAUACAAAAUGGAAGAUUGAUAGAAAUUGGGUUCGAAUCCUCUUGAAUAUUUUCAAUUACGUGUUUGCCUGUGGAAUUUUGAUUCCUCCGUACUUGGAAACCUUUGAUACUCAAGCUAUGGCAAUGGAAGUUUUCAAGGUUCAGUUAUUCAUCGAACUUCAAGACUCGUUUCUCUUUCAGAUCAUUCCUUGCCCUGUAAUAGAAUUUUUCGACUCUCGUUUAUUUUUUGUCACAAAUAAGCCAGUGCUGGUGACGAUUCUAAUGGCAUCCCUAAUGAUGGUUCUCUUACCACAAGGCAUAUUUUAUGUAAGCCAUACUUGGUACCAUCUUGUUUAUGCCCAUGGUUCACGAGCCUCCCCGGAAACACGAAAAAUGCAAUUUCGAUUCCUUGUGGGAUCGCUUGCUCAAAUCGGCAUACCACUGGUUUCGUUUUUGAAUCCUGUUUUAUAUAUCUGGUUAUCACUUAAUACAGGUUACUACAAUCACGUGCUUAAUAAUCAUCUGGCUGUCCUCAUGUCUUUACACGGGUUAUUGGGAACCAUCUGCUUACUUUUGGUGCACAAGCAUUAUAGACAACAUCUAAUCAGAAUGUUAACUCGUAGAAAAGCUCAAGUGAAUAGGACCACUGUUUUCAAUAGUCCACCUUCUUUUGAGUUGGUCUCUGAAAAGCAAACUUGGAUUAUUUCAAAAAUCUUGAAUGCGAAAAGUCUAGCAGUUGAGAUCUCACGGUCAGAAUAUCUAAUUACUUCUGUUCAUAUCGUUACAUCUAUAUCAAUACCAUUAUCAAUGUACUGCACAUACUGUGUAAUUGAAGUCACUCCAAAACAACUAAAAGCUGCAAAAUGGGCGUUGCUUAAUGUUCAUUUAUGGACUGUCGUUCUUGACUUCGUUAUCAGUGUUUUAUCCAUCCCACUAUUAUUUUUCCCGGCUGUUUCCGGAGUUAUGCUUGGAUAUGGGCAAUACAUUGGCAUACCAUCUUGGUUCCUUUUGUAUUCGAUUCAAGCAUUAGUAUCUGUUUAUGCAUCGGCUGCAACAGGUCUGCUGGAAAACUGGCAGAACUUACUGAUGACCAAAUGGAAAAUCAGUAGGAAAUGGAUCCGGAUGUUGCUAAACGUUUUCAAUUACAUGGUUGCUUGUGCUACUGUCAUUCCCCCUUAUCUUGAAAACUUUGAUGUUCAAACUAUUGCUCUUGAGGUUCUGAAGGUCGUUCCAUGCCCUAUCCCAGAAUUUUUCGACUCCCGACUUUUCUUUGUGACCAACAACCCAUUCUUUGCGACAAUGCUCAUGCAACUCAAGCAAUUAUUAUUAUGCCUCAAGGAGCAUUUUACUUUUUACACACUUGGUAUCAUCUUGUCUUUGUUCAUAGUUCCAGAGUUUCUGCAGAAACUCAAAAAAUGCAAUUCAAAUUCUUGA